AUGAGAAUCCUUGCGUUACAUGGUGUCGGCAGCUCUGCCAAAAUAUUCAAAAGACAGCUGUCUAGGCUUUUGAAUUCGCUUGAUGCAAGCUACGAGUUUGUUUUUGUCGAUGGGGAUGUACCAUCGCACCGAGGACCUGGCAUGGGCCCUGAAUUUGACGGGCCAUUCUACUCGCAUACGACAGGCUAUUCACCAGCCGAAAUCCAGGCUGCACACAAAGAGAUAGCCACAACGGUUGCUGAACUUGGGCCAUUUGACGGCAUACUGGGCUUCAGCCAAGGCGCAUCAGUGGCAUUAUCCUACAUUUGGUGCCAACAAGCUAAUGGCGAAGAACCGGAUUUCAAGUUCGCGGUUCUUUUUUCAUCUGUUGUGCCGUUCUCGCCCGACUGGACAUACUGCAAAAGCGAAGUAGAUGAACUUUGCUCACGUCGCUGCACUGGCAUGGACGCCAAGGAUCUCACGCCAAGAACACGAAUCUUCAAUGAUUGUGUCGUUCGGACAUUCCAAUCGGCCGUGAAAAUUGGGGCGGUUCUGCCCGACCUCAACCAAGACUUCUUCCUGGAUGGGGUCACUGAGGUUCCCCGCGUCCUGCAUCCCCAUUUGCUUUCAGAGCGCAUUCACAUCCCAACAGUUCAUGUGUCUGGUAAACGGGACUUCCCCUUUAUGCAAGACAUGCAUGAAAUCGGAUACCAAAUAUGCGACCAGAGGCUAUCCAAGAAGCUGUUUCAUUCCGGUGGUCAUCAUCCCCCUAUGGACUCAGGCACACAGCAGGUGGUUAGGGCCAUAGAAUGGGCUGUUGAUCAAUAUUAUAGACAACCUCUUUCCUUUCUCUAA